GUGGCCGUGAAGGUCAUCGACAAGAGCAAGCUGGCAGGCGAGGCGGCGGGGCAGCUUCUGCAGGAGGUGCGCUGCAUGAAGCUGGUGCAGCACCCCAACGUGGUGCGCCUCUACGAGGUCAUCGACACCCACUCCAAGCUCUACCUCAUCCUGGAGCUGGGCGAUGGCGGGGACAUGUUUGACCACAUCAUGAGGCACGAGGGCGGCCUGGCUGAGGGACGCGCCAAGCACUACUUCGCGCAGAUCGUCCAUGCCAUCUCCUACUGCCACAAGCUGCACGUGGUGCACCGGGACCUCAAGCCUGAGAACGUGGUCUUCUUCCAGGAGCAAGGGGUGGUCAAACUCACGGACUUUGGCUUCAGCAACCGGUUCCAGCCUGGCAAGAUGCUCACCACUAGCUGUGGCUCUCUGGCAUACUCGGCACCCGAGAUCCUGCUUGGAGACGAGUACGACGCGCCAGCUGUUGACAUCUGGAGCUUGGGCGUCAUCCUCUAUAUGCUGGUGUGCGGCCACCCACCCUUCCAGGAGGCCAACGACAGCGAGACGCUCACCAUGAUCAUGGACUGUCGCUACACUGUCCCGUCACACGUGUCAGCACAGUGCUCUGACCUCAUCUCGAGGAUGCUGCAGCGGGACCCCAAGCAACGUGCCUCCCUGGAGCAGAUUGAGAGCCACGCGUGGCUGCAAGGGGUGGACCCGUCCCCCGCGAGCCGCUCGCUGCUGCCCCUCACGUCGCACAAGCGGGUGUCCCGGGAGGAGCACGACAUCAUCAUCCAGGCCAUGACGUGCGGGAACAUUGCGGACCGGGACACCAUCCAGGAGGCUCUCGAGGCCGACCGCUACAACCACAUCACGGCUACCUACUUCCUGCUGGCGGAGAGGAUGCUGAGGGAGAAGCAGGGCGGCCGCCUGAGCCUCGUCUACAACUUGGCCAAGCAGGUCCAGAGCGGGACCAACCUGUCGGACACCUUCAGCCCCAUGGGCACAAGCAGUGACCUCUCCGCUUUCGCAGAGGUGCCACUCUCUGCGGGUCCCAGCCCCCAGCCACCCUCCCUGCACCUCUGUGGCAACGAUGGAGACACCAGCCAUGGCAGCAGGCAGCAUACGCGAGUGCUGCUGAAGGCCCCCAUCAUCGAGACAACGAUUACCAAGAGCGCCCCAGCCCUGCAGCAGAUCUGUGAGGAAGAGGAGGAGGACGAGGAGGAGGAAAGGAAGCCCAGCGUGACUGAAAGGAAAAGUAGCUCGCUGAACCAGGAGCAGAUGCGAGACUUUCUGCGCUCCAGGGCCUGCCGGCUGUCGUGCCACGGAGACGCACUGGGCUCUGGGGCCGAAGCAGCUCCGUGGCGCGAGGCAGGGGGCUGGGGCACGUGCCAGCCCGUGACAGGUGCUCGCGGAUGCGCUGUCUGGGAGGGGAAGGGGGGGAUGAGGGAAGGACAUGGAGAGCUCAGGGCUGGCAGGUUCUCCCUGGAGAUGCGGGGUGAUGGAGCAGCAGGCAAAGCUGAGCCCACCGUGAAGACGGAAGAUGCUGAGCGCAGGGCUGCUCGGGCAGAGGCCCCCAAGGAAAUGGGGGCUGUGCUGUCACCUGAGAGCUGUGAGAACUCUGGUGCUGGGGUCCCUCAGGCCCAAGGGGCAGAGACAACCUCCACUGCGCUCCUGAGCUCACAGGGGCCUGCAGACAAGUCUCAAGGGCCUGAGGCGCCCACCAGACCUUGCAGCCAAGCCAAGCUGGUGACGGAGAGCUCCAUCCGUGGCGUUGGUGGCACCGAGGCAGGCACAGAGAACGUGAUAAAGCUGGACCCGGGCAAAAACAAAAGCACCAGCCUCAGAGACAGGAUCUUGCAGUUCCCACUGUGUGAGAAAGCCCUGGCCUUCAAAAUCCGGCCCAGCUCCAAGGAGAGCCUCUUGUCCCUGGGGCAGUUCAACUGCUGCCAUGUGAUUUAGCGCUG